UGCGUAACAUGACUACACAAGAGUUAAGGAACUUAGCCCACAAAGCUUGCACCAAGCAAAAGACUAUUUAUGAAAAGAUGGUGAAAAACCCCACAAUCUCUGUCUCUGAGCACUGCUCGGAGUUAACCCUAGAGGGCGCCCCACAACACCACAGUCACAGACUUUUUUACAGAGAGUCAAUACCAUUCCAAGCCAGCAGAGGGCAACACAAUCGUGCCACGUCUGAGACAGCAGAAAUCCUGAGGGUGCUAAAAGAGCUUCUUUACAUGAAAACUCACAAGGAAGACAAGGAAGAUGACCCAGACAUCUUAUGUCUAAGCAUAAGAACUGAAACCAACACCCUUUCUAACUGCCAUUUGUAUGAGCCAAGUACCCAGAACACUGCUCGUCAUCCACAGACCACAGAGCUAACUGUCACAUCACAAGGUGACAGCAUCACCCAAGCUCCACAGCUGACAGCUGCACACCCUGAACGAGACAGCACAGGUCCUCACACCAGGUACCACAAACACAAGGUACCAGAAAAUGCUGUUUUGACUACCUGCCUUCGCAGCGAGCUACACAAGACCGGUCCUAACCACCCAUCGAUCGUCACACCUGCCCUGAUGCCAACAUUCCUGGGCAGCCUUUUCGAAAAGGGGGUGGGCCGAAAAGGAGUAAGCAUGGAAGACCUGAUCGACAAAGGAUCAAACCUUACGCACCAGAGCCACUGA